UUUCGACCUCCUCGGCCUCCCUCCCUCCUUUCUGUCUCGCUUGUCCUGACGGCGCGCUCCUCGGACCAUGUUGGACGCCGUGAAGAUGGGGCAGCCGCUUUCUCCGAAGAUCUCUCUCGCCUCCUCUUCCUCGCUGGGGGGAGCGGCCCAGCGGCACGCGGCGUGCGCGGGCUGCGGGGGCCUCAUCGCGGAGCGCUUCCUGCUGAGCCUCGACGACGGCCUGUGGCACGAGCGCUGCGUGCGGUGCGCCUCCUGCCGGGAGCCCCUACGCAGCACCUGCUUCUUCCGCGACCGGAAGCUCUACUGCCGCCUCGACUACCACAAGCUCUUUGCCGUGAAGUGCAGCAACUGCUUUGAAGCAAUUUCCCCCAGUCAAUUCGUCAUGCGAGCCCAGAAAAAUGUGUAUCACGUAGCCUGCUUCUGCUGCGGUGUUUGUGAGAAACAGCUUCAGAAAGGGGAUGAAUUUGUACUGAAAGAGGGGCAACUACUAUGCAACAGUGACUAUGAGAAGGAGUGUGAACUACUCAGUCUAGUGAGCCCAGCUGCAUCUGAUCCAGGUAAAAGUAGUGAUGUAGAGAAUCUGUGCAAAAUGGAAGAAAAAACCAGGAAAGUGUCUGAGGACACCAAGGAUCACAAGCGACCCAAGCGACCUCGGACAAUCCUGACAACACAACAGCGACGGGCAUUCAAGGCAUCAUUUGAAGUGUCUUCUAAACCAUGUAGGAAGGUAAGGGAAACACUGGCAGCUGAGACUGGUUUGAGUGUCCGAGUUGUACAAGUCUGGUUCCAAAAUCAAAGAGCUAAGAUUAAGAAGCUAGCAAGACGGCAACAGCAGCAACAACAAGAUCAACAAAGCACACAGAGGCUCAAUUCUGUCCAGACAAACAAUGGCAGCAGCACUGGCCUUGAGGGAAUCGUGAACUCAUACAGUACCUUGCAACUAUCCUCACAGCAAAUGCUGGUGUUUGAUCAAAGCAUCUACAACUCAGAUACCUUUCAGCAAGGGCUGACUCCACCACAAAUGCCAGGGGACCACAUGAAUCCUUAUGGUUCUGAGCCUCUUUUCUAUGAGCCGGAUAGUGAAGACAUCAGCAACUUGGAGGAUUGUUUCUCAGAAUCAACUACAGAAUCUGGAGCCUUACAGUCAAGAGUGGGGAAUCCAAUUGACCAGCUGUACUCAAUGCAGAGCUCCUACUUCACAUCUUGAGACUCUUGAGGCCCUGAACAGACCCAAGACUGAGUUCAGUGCAGAUGUCAAGUACAGAAAGGACUACAAUUAACAUCUAGUUGUUUCACCAGGGAUCAGCAUCACAUGGGAAACCAGAAACUGAUAAUAAUUUGAUGUAUUUGGUCACUGAUAACUUCAUCCAGACAUUUCUGUGAAAACCAAGAACAUUUGAGGACAUUGUUUCACAUCGCUGUUCUCUAUUGGCUAUCAAAAUUAGAUAAAUAUUUGAGUUUUUGUUAUGUUAAGGAAUGUGUAGAAGAGAACAAAAACACAUUUUCCUUUGUUUAAGACUGUGCAUGUUGCAAAAAGAAGUACUUUCAGUUUAGACUGGAUCUGCAGAAAUAUUCCCCAUUUUUAAUUUUCAGGAAAAAAUUCAAAAUAUCUUUUUUAAAAUUGUCCAAUCUCCAUCUUGUUUGUCAUUCUUUUUGGCAUCAUGUCAUAUAUGCCAAUGCAAAGUGAACAGAAUGACAUCAGAAUAUUAUGAAGUCAGCUAUUAUUUUCUGCAUGCUAAGAACAAGUGAUAGGAAUUAAAAUAAAUACAUGAGAUUUUUUUUUUUACAAGAGUAACAAAAAUAACUAAAAGUGCAAUUUUUUUUGCACAGCCAAAGCAUGUUUGUGCAGAUAUAGAAAACAGGAAGCUCUUUAAACCUUCCACUUGAAUAUUUGACAAACUUCACAAGAAAGAAAAAUAGUUUUGUAGUUAAUGCAUGAAUGAAUAUUUAUGCACAUAUGGCUAUGUGCAUGUAUAUAUAUAAGGUAUAAUUCCAUCGGUUUUGUUCCUAAUGAUAGAAAAUUGCUGCAUAGUGAUUGUGAUUAAGUUAUGAGAGGAAAAUGUCCAUAUGUUUAUAAAAUGUCAAAAUUUGCAAAGAUUUAAUAGCAGAGAGGGGUAGUAAUCUCUGCUGCUAGUAAUAUGGAACUUUCUAUUUCCUCAUUUGUUUUGAAAUGGGAAUCCAUGCCUGGAAGUAUUAGUGUAUUGUCCCCUUAUGCAUGCAGGUGAGUAUAAUUAAAAUCAAAGAACAUGCUGCCAUUGACUUGAGUUGGAUUUGGGCUACAACCACACUUAUCUCUGUCCUGGGCAAAAGAGAGUCAUGAACCUUGAAUUAGUAAAGGAAUUAACCUUAUAAAAGCACGAUUUUUUUAUUUAAAUGAAUGCAUCUUUCAAAACGUAAAGGUGGUUUCUAAAGGUGCACAUUUCCUUCUGUUAACAUUUGUAAAUGUUGUACCUGACUUAGAUGCCGAAUGAACUUAAAACAGCGGCAUGAACAGAGACAAUGAGUUCUUGGUACACUAACUAUAAUAAAACACUAGAGAUCCCACA